UGAGAGAUGUGCUGACGGUUAACAUUUAAGGUGGAAAUGCUACAGCGCGCCAAUUUUUGUCAAUAAUAACAGAGUGGUCUGUGAUUUAAAUAAAUAAAUACAUAAAUAAAUAAAUAAAUAUCGGGACUACCAGCCAUUCCGAAGAUAAGAAUUGUUUAAACUUUUUUUUUCCCUCCAUUAAACAAUAUCAGAACAAUUCGAUCUAUAAAAGAGGGAGAUUGUGCCGCCUUAACAGGUUUUGAAAUUGUUUUCAUUGGGUCUCGCAGAGAGCGUCACAGUUUCAAAACAGCAGCGGGACUGACCAAGCAGGAAUUCUGCACUGAGAUAACAACGCAGAGAAAAUGUUGCACGGCGGGCAGUCCAACGAGGCCCUCCUGCUCUUCCCAUACCCCGAGGAUGAGGAGUCUCUGCUCUUCAGUGCCUCGUCCCUGUGGGGGGAAGGGGGACCUCUAUCCGAGGCGCUGAUGCCCCUGGUCGAGCUUCCUUCCUCUGGGGGCUCCCCCCAGCCCCUGGUGCCCUGGCCCUGCUACCUGCGCUAUAAGACUGAGCUGUGCACUCGCUACACGGAGACUGGCACCUGUAAGUACGCAGACAAAUGCCAGUUCGCCCACGGACUUCAGGAGCUCCGCGCACCCUCCCGCCACCCCAAAUACAAGACGGAGCCGUGUCGUGCCUUCCACACGGCUGGCUUCUGCCAGUACGGUCCCCGCUGCCUCUUCAUCCACAGCCCAGAGGAGCAGCGGCGGGCGGAGGAGCGGAGGCAGCCCCACAGCAAGUACAAGACCGAGCCCUGCCGAUCCUACCGCUCCUCCGGCUUCUGCUCCUUCGGGAGCCGCUGCAACUUCGUCCACGAGGAGGAGGAGGAGGAGGAGGAAGGGUGGCCGGGGGCCGUGCCCCGAUCCAGCUUCUCCUCCUCUCCAGGCCAGGGCAGGCCCACUCACCAGCAGUGGAAGCAGCAGCGUUCAGUGCCUUGCCGCACUUUCCUAGCCUUCGGUUUCUGCCUUUACGGAGCGCGGUGCCGCUACAAGCACAGUGUAGUGAAGAGCCAGCCUGAGCCGGCCUCCAACACCAGGCCCGCUUCUCCUUCUCUGCCACCUUCCAUCUUCAGCCUAGGACUUUCCUACCUGGCCCUGCCCAGCGGGAGAGCCCCCUCUCCAGCCUCGGACGGGCUGCCCUGCUCCUCUUCGUGUUCCUCUGUCACGCCGGAUUACCAUGGCGACAGCCCCUCGCCGGUGCCGCCCGAGCCGCUGGCUAACAACGCGUUCACCUUCACCAGCCAGCACAUCACUGACCUGCUGCUGCCCCUGGCCUGGAGACUGCAGGACCUGGAGAACAGGCAGCGGGGGCUUUCCCCAGAGCCAGGCUCCCUUGAGCUGUGAGCACAAACUCCAGCACCCUGCUCGCAAACUGGGCCAGGCUUUACUUCAGGGUAAUCAACAGAAGCAUUGGUGGCUUCCAACUGUCUUCCUCAAAUGCUGGGUCUCGAACCAGUUCAGUUUCAUGAAUUUUACACCCCCACUAUUUCAAACAUUGAACAUUUUGUUAAUGAUAUCUCUUUAAACCAAGCAUAGCAGCGUGUCUCUGUUUCAAUCAGCAGGAAUGUGUGGGUGGGGUUUGGUUUUUUUUUUUUUUUUUUUUUUUUAAA